AUGGACAUAAGGCUUGAUUCACAAGUCAUCUCUAAGAGAGAAAGUUUCAAGUAUCUUAAGUCUGUGAUUCAAGGAAAUGUGGAGAUUGACGAAGAUGUCACACAUCGCAUCGGAGCGAGGUGGAUGAAAGAGAGGCUAGCAUCCGGCGUCUUGUAUGAUAAGGAUGUGCCGCUGAAACUCAAAGGUAAGUUUUACAAAGUGGUGGUUAGACAGACUAUGUGGUUGGACAAGAUUAGGAACGAAGAUAUUCUAGAAGGUGGGAGUGGCCCCGUGGAGGACAAGAUGCGAGAAGCGAGACUGAUAUGGUUCGGGCAUGUGAAAAGGAGAAGCCGAGAUGCCCCUGUGAGGAGGUGCGAGCGAGUGGCUUUGAUGGGUAGGAGUAGAGGUAAAGGGAGAUCUAAGCAGUAUUGA